AUGCAUAUUCCCUCAUUAGUCAACAAGGCUCGCAAGCCUAAGUUUGAGCUUCAUCUCAAGAUCUACGAUCUGAAUAACGUCCCGCUCGUCUCGGGCGUAUCACAGAUCAAAUGGCAUCUUCCCCAUUCAAUACAUACGGAGCACCGCGGGCGCACACCCAAGGCGCCAAUCGCAAAUCACCGGGUCGAUUACAACUAUGGCAAGGUGGUGCCCGUGCGCAUUAGCAUCGACAAGAACAACAACCUCGCCGAGUGCCUCAUAGAGUUUGAGGUCCUUCAGGAGUUCAACGCUGGUGGAGUUCGCGAUGAGAAGAUCUCGCUGGGUAAGAUCACCCUCAACCUAAGCGAGUACAUCGAGGAGAGCGAAGCCAUCCUGCGCGAAACGGGAUCGACAGGUCGCCCUAGCAUAGGAGAACGCAUGGUCGACAAAACUUUUGGACAUUCACGCAAGCGCAGCUCGGCAAGUGGCAUCACCGUCGGCCUUGGGCUCGCCGCAACCAACAGUGCUGGCGGCGAUGCUAGCGGGACUUCUCCUACAUCGACCAACAAGGCGCCAUCGAUCGCCGACGCACCACAGGAUGUUGAGGAUGGCGUGGUCAGGCGGUACCUGAUGCAGGAGUCCAAAGUCAACAGCACCGUCAAGAUCAGCAUCCUAAUGAUACAACUAGACGGCGAGCGUAACUUCGUGGCGCCACCUCUCAAGACGGCUCCGGUCUUCGGCGGCAUCGCGGGAAUUCUAGCCGGCGAGCAAGUCGAGGACCCUUCCUCCGACCACCCUCCGCACCAACUGCCAGCUCUGACCAAGAGCCGGGACGCCAGCGAGGUCCAAGACAUGUAUCGCCGCGCACUAGCGGCCAGCUGGGCGAGACAGCCCGGCGAGCUACCGGCGGACGCAUGCGUCGAGGACGUAUUUUCUGGCGGGGAUGGGUGGAAGGCCGGCGGCAGCGACAGGAAUACGAGCAAAGGCGGCCGACGGGUGGGCUUCCCGCGAGAUGACAGCGGGAGCGCGAGCGGCGACGAGCUAGACAACUACGAUAUGGGUGCAACACUACGGCCCAGCGAUGCGAGGCGGAUACGGCACCACAUGAGGAAUCACAGCGGGGCGAGUAACCGGAGCACGCACACCGUCACUGCCGGAGGGAAGCAGGGAAGUCCUCGCCAUAAGCGGCCCGAGCUGAAGGAGGAACGAAGCGGCGGCCGAAGCCGUAGUGAGAGCUUGGCGAGCUUGGCUACCACAAUCGGUAGUGAACGGGGACGGGAUGGCUUUAAGAGAGCAAACGAGGCGGACGAGUUUGAGGUCCGAGAUGAUCUCGUCGCGUGGAGGCUACCGGAGGCUGUUUCCUGA